CGUCUACCUAUCUUAACUUUCAUUUGGUCAUUGACUCAUUGAUCAUUCCUGAGUUCAUCCAUGGCUCAAGAAAGCUCCUCUUCCAAUAGUGGUUCUCCUCAUUAUGAUGGAUAUUGUAGGUAUCAUGUGUUCUUGAGUUUCAGAGGCGAAGACACGCGUAAGACUUUCACCGACCACCUCUACACCGCCUUUAAGGAUCAAGGCUUUCGCACUUUCCGAGAUGACGAUGAACUUGAGAGAGGAGAAGAUAUUAAUCCGGGGAUUGAGAAAGCCAUUCAACAGUCAAGAAGUUCUGUUAUUGUGUUCUCAAAUGAUUACGCUUCUUCAAGCUGGUGCCUUGAUGAGCUUUUGAUGAUCCUUCAACGCAGGAGGAGCUCCGAUCAUGUCGUUUUACCGGUUUUCUACAAUGUGGAUCCAUCCCAAGUAAGGAAGCAGACGGGAAGUUUUGAGGAGGCUUUUGCCAGACACCAAAAGACUCAACCGUCGGACAAGGUGAAAGAAUGGAGGGACGCACUAACAAAAGUUGCAAAUCUUGGAGGGAUGGUCUUACGGAACCAAGAUGAUGGGUACGAGUCAAAGUUUAUUAAAACAAUUGUUAAAGAGAUAGGUGACAAGCUUAGUCGUACACCUUUAAGUGUUGGCUUCAACUUGAUUGGAAUCCAUUCUCGAUCCAACAAAAUUAAUCAAUGGAUACAAGAUGGAUCAGAUGAUGUUGGCAUACAUGUAAUUUUUGGGAUGUCUGGAAUAGGGAAGACAACAGUUGCAAAACAUGUCUAUAAUUCAAACUUCAGAAGAUUCGAAGGAAGCAGCUUCAUUGAAAAUAUUAGAGAAACCUCAGAACAAAUCAAUGGCCUAGUUAAAAUACAAAAACAGCUCCUUUAUGACAUUUUGAAUGGAAGAGAAGUGAAAAUACGAAAUGCUAGCGAGGGGAAAAUUAAGAUUGAAGAUGGCAUAAGCUGUAAAAGAGUUCUUCUUGUCCUCGAUGAUGUGGAUCACAUGGACCAAUUUGAUGCAGUACUUACGAUGCAAGAUCGAUUCUAUCCAGGAAGUAAAAUCAUCAUAACAACUAGGCGUGCAAGGCUAUUAAAGGCUCAAGGAGUUACUAAGGUGCAUUAUGUUCGAGCUCUAAAUGAGAGUGAAUCAUUGAAGCUCUUCAGUUUGCAUGCUUUUCGACAAGAUCAUCCGAUUGAAGGUUAUGUGGAACAGACUGAAAAGUUUGUACGCCACUGUGCCGGCCUUCCAUUAGCUCUUCGAGUUUUGGGCUCUUCUCUAUUCAGGGAAAAUAUAGAUGUAUGGGAGAGUGCACUAAGAAAAUUGGAAGCUAUUCCAAAUAGUGAAAUCAUGGAGAAACUUAGAAUGAGUUACGAUGUACUGGAUAAGCAUGACCAGGAAGUGUUCCUCCACAUUGCUUGUUUCUUUAUUGGAAAUGAUAAAGAUUACACUGUUGGAAUACUAGAUGGAUGUGAGUUGUACACUACUAUUGGCAUUAUAAAUCUCAUAGACAGAUGCUUAGUAGCAAUUGGCCCCAAUAACAAGGUGGUGAUGCAUGACAUGAUCCGUGAUAUGGGAAGAGGAAUUAUUCGCCUAGCAUCGGAGGAGCCUCGUAAACGUAGUAGAUUAUGGCAUCACACAGACUCUAUCAAAGUAUUGAAAGAAAAGAAUGAUGCACAAACUAAGACUACUCCGGCUUAG